ACCCCAAACGGCGUGCCCUCAGCGAUAGAGUUUUCCAAUUCCAAUUAAAUUCGUGUCCUCAGCGUUAAAUGUCUGAUUCCGACUCUAAAUUUCUGAUAGCCGGUAGUAAUGCGGGAUGCGGAAUAGUACUAGUAGAAUACAGAGAGACGUGGAGGACUCAUCUGCUAAACCCCGCCUCACGUUGGCGCGAGCCGCCUCCUCCUCCUGCCCCGCGGCCCGAAUCCCGGCGCCGCACGGCGGCCGCGCCUUUAACCCCCCCGCCAGGCCACCUCCCGCUUCCGCUUUGGGGCGGGCGUCCGUGGAUUGGGCCGGAAAUUAAUCAGGCCCUCGUAAUUAUAAAACCCGUAUAUGGCCGCGCCGCCGACGACGCGCGCCGCCAAUGAGGGCGGCGGCGGCGCCUGGAAGGAGGAGGGCGGCGGCGCCGGGGCGAGGCGGCUGGCGACGGCGGCGCUGUUCCUGGCGGCGGUGGCGCUGCCGUGCCUGGUGCUGUACCGCGCCGUGGCGCCGGCCGGGGUGCUCGUGCAGCCCGCCGCGCUGAUGCCCUGGGCCACGCAGCAGCAGACGGCCGGGGCGCCGCCGCACGACGGCCUCUUCGUCGACGACCUCCAGGAGAGCGACAGCGAGGACGUUCGGCUGGAGCGCGUCCUGCGGUCCGCGGCCAUGGCGGACGACACGGUGAUCCUGACGACGCUGAACUCGGCAUGGUCUGCCCCGGGCUCCGUCGUCGACGUCUUCCUCGAGAGCUUCCGGAUCGGCGACAACACGCGGCACCUCCUAGACCACCUCGUCAUCGUAUCCCUCGACAACGCCGCCCACCGCCGGUGCAAGCAGAUCCACGCGCACUGCCUGGCCGUGGCCACGGACGGCGUCGACUUCUCGGGCCAGAAGAACUUCAUGACCGACGGGUACCUGAAAAUGAUGUGGCGCCGCAUCGACUUCCUCCGGCAGGUACUCGAGAAGGGGUUCAGCUUCAUCUUCACCGACACCGACAUCGUCUGGUUCCGGAGCCCGAUCCCUCGGCUCUACGCCGAGGGCGACUUCCAGAUCGCCUGCGACCACUUCACGGGCGAUCCGGACGACUUGCAAAACUCCCCCAACGGCGGGUUUGCCUACGUGAGGGCCAACACGGAGACGGUGGAGUUUUACAGGUUUUGGUACGCGGCCAGGGAGAGGCAUCCGGGGAUGCAUGACCAGGACGUGCUUAACAUAAUCAAGGGCGACCCUUACGUGGCCCAGAUCGGGCUCCGGAUCCGGUUCCUCAGCACUGAGUUCUUUGGGGGACUAUGCGAGCCCAGCAGGAACCUCAGCGCCGUCUGCACCAUGCACGCUAACUGUUGUGUUGGCUUGCGCCGUAAGGUGGAUGAUUUGAGCCUCAUGCUCCAGGACUGGAGGAGGUUCAUGGCCACAAGGAACCAGGACAGGCUCUUCGUGUCCUGGAGCGUGCCCCGGAAUUGCAGUCUGAAUAAAGUGGAGGAGUAGGGCAAAUUAAAGUGGGGGAAUACAUCUCAUUUGGAUGGAAUGGUUAAGUCGUUGGAGAUAUGGGGACUGGAUUUUUGUGUUAGCAAUUGAUUAGCUGGUGACCAAGGACAGACAUGGAGGUGUGUAGAGAUGUGUCGUUAACAACAUUACGAGCUUGUUUGUACCCCCCAGUGCAUAGAUCGCUAGUAAGUGACCCUGCUGACUGUCACUGAAAAUUUGCCAGCUUA